CCCCCUCCCCUUCACUGCUCUCUCGGAGGUUAGGGGCAUAAGGGCGGCACGCCAUACAGGUUAUCCGGUGAGGAGAUCUGGCCAUCGGAAGGCAACUACUCGACAGCGGCCAAAUCAUCCUCCCAUCUCCUCGUCCACAUCCCGAUUGGCUACGGGUGAACAGUUUGAUGAACUCUCACACAUUCGUCGACGCCUCUUCAAGAGUUGGAAGGCUGAGCAGCGAGGACUAUGACUUAAUUAUACGUCAAGGGCCCGAAAGAGCUCGGGUAGCUGGUGUCAAAGAGAAAGGUAGAUGGGUCCCGUGCCACGGUCGGUCUCCGGUCCUAAACUCAACGAUGCUGAUGGCAAUAUGAUAGAUCGGAAACCCGUGGAUCCUCCCCCGAUCGUUCAGCUCAAAAUCAGAGAUGAAAUGGAUCCAGCCCAAAACUACCUCCAGAGCCCUUACUAUUUCAUGUGCUGCAAUCUUUACAGCGCAGUCCAUGAUGAACCCACAUUGAUCCCCCCACAUCAAGCAUUGGCCGGUACUCUGGUAUCGUCCCUGCACAGAUUGAAGGACAUCGACAAUAGCGACGGUGGAUUCUUCGUCUUCGGGGACUUGUCGGUCAAAAUCGAGGGGGAAUUCCGGUUGAAGUUCAGCCUCUUCGAGAUGAUGAAGAAUCAGGUGGUUCACAUCAAAUCGACUACCUCCGAGCCAUUCACCGUCUACGCCGCCAAGAAUUUCCCGGGAAUGUCGGAGUCCACCUUUCUUUCUCGGUCUUUUGGCGAUCAAGGAGUGAGACUGAGGAUCAGAAAGGAGCCAAGGACAUUACUGUGAGUUUUCACCCUACUUAUUGGUUACCAAUCGUUGAUAACUUAUUCACAGU